AGGGGCCCAAGCCAGUGGCCAGACAGGGAGAGGAGGGUCUCCUGCCCUUUCAUUUAAGAUCUCCCCGUUCGGCAGGGCCGAGGAGGGGGCCGUUCAUGGGGCGGGGAACCCCUCCGCACCCUCUUCCACAGCGUUGCCCCCUUCCCAGCUGAGCCUCCCCGCCGCCUGUCUCCUGAAGGGGGGCAGGCUCUGACGCUCAGAGAGGGGCAGGGUGGGCUGGCCAAAGCCACCCCACGUCGGCCCCGGGCUUUGGGUUUGGCUUUCUUGUUUGUGGGGUUGGGGGGACACCGGGAGCUCCGAGGUAGGUGGGUUGACAGGGAGUUGUCUGACCUGCGGGCCUUCCCUUAGGAAACCGGACACACGUUUGGGCCCGAGUGCCUCCAGGGUCCUGAUUUUUGUUUUGUUUUCUUCCUCAUUUAACCAGAAAGGACAGCGAAGGAAGGCAUAAGAAGCUGUACAGGAUUGGAUCUAAACGUGGCAAAAAGGGAACCUCCGGAAAAGACUGCGGCAUAAGUGUCCUGCUUUUAGGACCCCCCGGACCUCCCUUGAAUCCUGUGGAAACUGGGUGGCCCAAAGCGGGCCCGGCAGUCCCGCAAGAUGGCCACCUUGAAACGGAGCCGCAGGCAAGCCUGGCCGGAGCAGGAGGGCGACCGGGAGCAUGGGCUCUACAGCUUGCACCGCAUGUUUGACAUUGUGGGCACCCACCUGACCCACCGUGACGUCCGGGUCUUGUCUUUCCUCUUUGUGGACGUCAUCGACGACUAUGAAAGGGGGAUGAUCCGCAGCGGGCGGGACUUCCUCCUGGCGCUGGAGAGGCAGGGGCGCUGCGACGAGACCAACUUCCGCCAAGUGCUUCAGCUGCUGAGGAUUAUCACCCGCCACGACUUGUUGCCCUAUGUCACGUUGAAGAGGAGGAAGGCUGUGUGCCCGGAUCUUGUCGACAAGUAUCUAGAAGAGACUUCCAUCCGCUAUGUGACUCCGCGGGCCCACAGCAGCACAGAGCACGUUCCUGCCCACCAACACAAAUCUGUGCCUCCCCAUCAUCCGCUGGUCUGCUGUUCCGCUUCGGGGGCCCAGAUCUGUACCAAGAGACCCGGCCGGGGACGAGCCCUCCUCGGCAACCAGCGGAAAAGGAGGAAGUCGGUGACGCCGGACCCAAAAGACAAACAGACGUGUGACAUCCGCCUUCGAGUCCGAGCAGAGUACUGUCAGCAUGAAACGGCUUUGGAGGGGAACGUCUUCUCCAACAAGCAGGACCCCCUUGAGCGCCAGUUUGAGCGCUUUAGCCAGGCAAACACCAUCUUGAAAUCCCGGGACCUGGGCUCCAUCAUCUGUGACAUAAAGUUUUCAGAGCUCACUUACCUUGAUGCUUUUUGGCGCGACUACAUCAACGGCUCACUGCUGGAGGCCCUGAAGGGGGUCUUCAUCACGGACUCGCUCAAGCAAGCCGUGGGCCACGAGGCCAUCAAGCUGCUGGUCAACGUGGAUGAAGAGGAUUAUGAGGUGGGCCGUCAAAAACUCCUGAGGAACUUGAUGCUCCAGACAGCACCUUGAACCCCGGUUGCCAUCAUUGUCCCUCCUCCUCUGGCUCCCCUUUGGAUGAUUUUUUUUCAAUUUUUUUCUUUCAAAAAAAAAAAAGGAAAAAAAUAUCUUAAAGGAAUGAACCCUUGAGCUCCUGCCAUGUACUGUGUAACUGUAAGACAUGUUUCAACGUGAGAAUGAGCGCUGUGGUUGGGUUUUCUUUUUUCCCCCAGUUGGGAAACAAAACAGGAGAUGGAAAAAUUCUGGAAGGGCUGCUCUGUGCCCCUGCCUGCGAGGUAGAUCCAAGACCCGUUUUCCUGUAGGCCAGCUGAGCAUCUUUGGCCAUUGGUUGAUGCUCCUCGGUCUGUCGUCCUUUCUUAAUCACAUUCUCUCUUGUGCCGUCUGCUUCUUUCCUUCUAUUUUUUUUUGUACCAUCUCUAAGAAUUAGACUGUCCUGUGGUGCACCAUUGCCCAGAAAGGCCUAGGCAGGUGUGGCAAGGUCCAGCAGGGGAGACCUCAACUUGUCCCUUUAUAUUAAAAAAAGAAGCAAACCUGAACGUUGCUGUUCUUGUGAUGGGAGAUAUCUUCUGCCAGUGUUUUUCUUUCAAGCUGUGAGUUCUGGGGGGUGGGGAGGAAUGUGGUCUCGGAAUGGAGGCAGAAAGAGCUUCCAUCUAAACCAGAUGCGUCCCUCCGUCCACCCUCUCUAUGUAGCACUGUUCUUAAAAGUGACUUCCAAGUCCCGCCAGCUGGAUUUAGGAACUGUUAUGCAAUUGACUUUGGUUGGGGCAGGGUGGGUGUGGACAGGAGGGGCCCUCGCAUGGAAGGAUGCCAGGGAUGGUGCGAGGGUCCAAACAUGAGGGAUGAAAUGGGCUUUGGGCCUUGAAUGCUCUUAAAUCCACUUCUGGAAGACUGUUUCCUUGUGUGUGGGAAAAGUGUGCUUUCUCUGGCUUGGAAGCCGUCUCUAGCUAGCUCAGCGGAAUCAAAAUCGGCCCCUGAAUGCCAUCCCUCCAGCCCUCGUGCCUAACCCUUUCCCUUGACCUGCGUCCUGAGCAGAGAGUAUUUUCAGGCCCCCUCUGACCCACUGUGUGUGCCUUUCCCUCGACCUUUGGUAGAGGGAGUGUCUGCCUCCAAAGACGACAAAGAAAGGAGUGCUCCUCAGGGCCUUCUCUCUCUUCUCCUGAACCCCAGUAGUCCCCUGGCCAGCCUUGUCUGGCUCCCACAGAGGCCGUUAGCAUUAACGGACGCAAAGGGUGGGGUGAUGGUGGUGGCAGCAGGGAUUGUGCCAGCUAUGAAUGACUGUCAGGCUGGAGCCAGGAGGUCUAGCCUCUUGCGAAGGCUGCAAGAUGAAGAAAAGUUCUUGUAGGGAACCAGCUUUGCAAAGGGGUGUUGUGGGGGGAGUUCCAUCAGCUCUUGCUUCCGUUCCAGUGGUGUUGAGCACCACAACAGUUGCCUCCCAGGUUUUGUCUUAUUUUCAAGAUUUUAAACAAAGAUGAUUUGGAGCUGUUGGGAGAAGCUCAGGAGGCGAAUAUUCCCAUCGUAGGGAUGAAGGUAGAGCAUGCUGUUACAUUUUGGCAAGGCUACAACAUGUGAUGGGAGUUGUCCUUCUUGACACACACCUUCCCCACCCCCACCCCCCAAACAAUAGCCUAAAGUGGUCUUCAGCAUCCUGGGUCCCUCCAGAAGUUUUGGACUACAACUCCCUUCAGCCUGGCUGUAGUCCAAACGUCAGCAGGGUUCCAGGUUGGCCUAAGGCCUUUGUGCUGAUACAGGUAGAAUCUGUUGACUGUCUGCUCCAGGAGAUGCACUGGGACUUCCUUGGAAGGAAAAAGCCCCCUUAAGUAUCCAAGUCAAUUUUUAUAAGGGAUUGUUUUUCCUUUUUUUUAAAAAAAAAAACUUUGCUCCUGAAUUUUAAUUUUUCUGUUGGUUGGUUUUCUGUUUGAUUAUAUUAAAUAUUGUGAAAGCCUUGGCAAGCCAUGAUGUUGUUGCCCCUGGGUUUCAGUGGCUAUUCCAGGAGGCUUUUGACUUCUGUAUUGCCCCCCCCCCGAGAAAACCUGGAGAAAAUCUUCAGUUUGCCCCCUCCCUCCCCCAGCUGACUUCUUUCAGGUAGCACAGAUGGCCGUCUUCACUCUCUCCCCCCAGCUUCCCUUCAGCUCCCUCUUCCGGUUUAUUAGUCAAGCAAAAAGGCUCCAUCUAAGAGCCGCAUGAAUAGGAACGUACCGACCAGGGGGCAGUUCACACAGCCAGCAAAAUCAAGGGGCGCUGCUCUCUACCCUUGGGCUUGACCGUUUCACUUUGAGAGGGGGAUUUUUUUAACAAAGAAAAUCAAGAUAGAAAAACAGGGGUUGUUGAUUAGUUUUUUCUUCAUCUAUGCUUUUGUUUUAUUGGAGAGGAAAAAACUCAAACUGUACCUUGAAUUCCCUAAAUUGCUUUUUAAAAAUGGGAAAAGGGCUAGAAAGGACACAAAAGGACAUUUUUUAAAAAAAGGCUAAUGAUAGGAAGAAAACAGGAGAUUCUGCCCUAAUUGUCUCCUUGACAUGCCACUCUUGUGAUGUGUAGCCCUGCUGCUUACACCUUGAAAUUGGUAGUCCAGGGAAAGCUAUGCCAUUUGACUUCCACUGAUUGCAUAAACAGGCCCUGAGCCAAAAACUGCUCCUGCUUUGGUUGGAAUAUCCCACUUGGUGUGCAAAUGUCUGAUGUCUCUUACAUUCUUCAGCAGCCUUUGCCAACCUGGUGCCCUCCAGACAUUGUGGAUUGGCACUCCCAUCAGCCCCACUCAGCACGGUUGUGCUGGAAGCUAUAGUCCACAACACUGGAGGGUUCCAGGGUACCAGUUUAGCAAAGGUUGGCUGUACAAGGUGUCUCAACAAAGUAUGCAAAAGCCCCCAAUCCUCUCCUUUGUGUAUCCACACAACACACACACACACUUGCUCCCUGUUUCAAGACAAAUCUGGCACAAAUUUGUGUAAAAUCUGUGACUUCUGUAUUUUUUUAAAAAAAGGAACUUCCAGUGUAACUGGUCAUAAUCCCAGUAUAGCUUUGUUUUUCCUCAAAAUAAUAAAAAAAAAAUCUUCUGCCUUUUA